UUAAGAAAGUGGCAUAAAGUACAACAAAAUCAAGCCAGGAAUGUAUUUAAUACAAAAGCAUCCACAUAAUUAACGCCGGAAUCUAUUUUGGAACAAUUGAACAAUUUUCAAGCAAGCAAAAUCUUGCCAAAAGUUUAAGGCAUAUGCUAUCCACCCUCUGGCGCCAGAAUUCGAAUGGACUAGGGCUUCCAUCCGCCCUGGAACGUGCCGCAGUGUGUCCGACUGUGUUGCAAGCAACAGCAUUGCAAUUCGAGAUACUCACCCCCAAAAUAAAUAAUAUUUCUGAAGGGUAUGCGCAUGCGUGCAACUUGUCAACCCCCAAAUGCAGUUCCCAGCCAGCGCCAGAACGUCGACUGGUUGUAAACAAAAACAAGUUGCAAGCGUCGAGAGAGAAAGGGGGUGAGAGAAAGUGAAAGAGAGCACGAAAUGAGUGAGCACUGGAGCAUGCUCCUGACAGCUGAGGCUCGCAUAAAUUUCCCAGCUGCGAGAGGCAAAGACUUUAGCUUUGGAGUGGACGUCAAACUGGGCUGAAGUACGAGAAAUCGACGUCAAGGAAAUUAUUGAUUAAUUCAGUUUUGUAGUGAAAAAAAGUGUUUCGGCUGCUUGGGGAGAUGUUGAAUUAGUCGCAAAUCUCAAGUUCAAACUCGAAAGCCACUAACCACAUAGUUAGCCUCAAUUUGUAGGCGUGGCAGCUGGACAACGCGAUGGCCGACAGCGAAUUCGAGGAGUUCCGCAGGCCCAUCUUUGAGCCACACGCCAUAAGCACCACAUUCGGCAAGAAGAAGACCACACAUGCAUUUUACUCUCUAACACCCAACGACGAUCUUGAGGAUUCGAAUUCAUCCAAAAGCGAUGGCUCCGACCAGGAGGAUGGCAUUGCCGAUGGCAAGCUGCAGCGUCAGGUGGAGGACGAUGAGUUGGGCGAUGGCCUUAAGGUCACGCUCUCCUCGGAUGGCUCACUCGAUACAAACGACUCGUUCAACUCGCACAGGCAUCAUCCAUUGAAUCACCAGGAUGCCAUUGGUGGCUUCUUAGGCAUCAACGGGCUGACCCCAGUUGCUGCUGCUGUCGUGUCAGCUGUUGGCCCAGUUACCAGCACGGAGCAGCUGUUGACACCCAGCGCUGCGGCCACGCGACGUCGCCGCAAGUUGCCAGAGAUACCCAAGAAUAAGAAAUCUUCCAUUUUGCACAUUUUAGGUGGCGCAAAUGCCUGCACUCUGGCGGAUGAGUUCCGCAUGGGAGCAGCAGCUGCGGCUGGAGGGGGAGCUGGAGCUGGAACUGGAGCUGGAGCUGGCGCGGCUGGCUCUUUGGUGGCGCCGCGCACGAAUCAGCAGCGCUCGUUUCUAACGCUCAAAUGCGGCUAUCUGCUGGACGAGGACUCCAGCCCGGACUCGGAGCGUUUGCAGAGCCUGGGCGAUGUGGACAGCGGCCACAGCACGGCGCAUUCGCCCAACGAUUUCAAGAGCAUGUCGCCGCAGAUCACGUCGCCAGUAUCGCAGUCACCCUUUCCGCCGGUCUUUGGCGGCGUGCCAUUCGGCCAGCUGGAGAUGCUGGAGGCGACACACCGGGGACUGCACAAGUUUGUGCCGCGACACCAUGACGAGAUCGAGCUGGAGAUCGGCGAUGCCAUCUAUGUGCAAAAGGAGGCCGAGGACUUGUGGUGCGAGGGCGUCAAUUUGCGCACCGGCCGACAGGGCAUCUUUCCCUCGGCCUAUGCCGUCGACUUGGACUACAACGAGUUCGAUCCGACCGUGCAGCUGGUCAAGAAGGAGCGCUACCUGUUGGGCUACCUGGGCUCCGUUGAGACACUCGCCCACAAGGGCACCGGCGUCGUCUGCCAGGCGGUCCGCAAAAUAGUCGGCGAAUACGGCAACUCGCCCACGGGACAAACGUGCAUUCUGGAGGUAUCCGAUCAGGGCUUGCGCAUGGUCGAUCGCUCGGCGCCAAACAACAAAAAGGAGAAGAAGCCCUGCAUCGAUUACUUCUACUCGCUGAAGAACGUCUCAUUCUGCGCCUUUCAUCCACGCGAUCAUCGCUUCAUUGGCUUCAUCACAAAGCAUCCGACAGUGCAGCGAUUCGCCUGUCACGUCUUCAAGGGCAACGAGUCGACCAGGCCCGUCGCCGAGGCUGUCGGUCGCGCCUUUCAGCGUUUCUAUCAGAAGUUUAUCGAGACGGCUUAUCCCAUCGAGGACAUCUACAUUGAGUAGAGAGAGAGAGAGAUGAGAGGAAAAAACAAAAAACGAUACUUAAAAUACCGUAUAUAGUCUAUAUUUUUUGUGUGAUUAUUAAUAUAAAUCAACAAAAUUGUUUGGUCUUCGUCAAAAUGCUACAAAAUCACACACACACACACAAACAGAGACAAAGUGAAAAACCUUAAAACCUUUCAAAUAAUAUCAUGCAAUAAUAAUUAAAUAGAAAAAAAGAAAGAAUCUUAGCUCUAUCUAAACUCUCCCGGAUAACUCUCCCGUCAUAUUUGUUCGCGAAAUUCUUCAAAUUGUAAAUAAUUCAUUUCGGUUCGUAAAAAGCACACACAAAAACGAAAUACACACAAAGAACACAGCGAUUAGACAAUUUAAGUGUAACUUAGAGAGAGAGAGAGAGAACCGCUAAAAAUUCAAUUAAAAAAUCAAAUAUAAUUAAAACGUGACUUCUUAUAGCAAUAUCGGAAUAUAUAUCCAUGCACAAACCAGAUGAUAUGCUGUGCUCCUUCAACUUUUCGCGUCAAAUGGAGCUGGCUAUAAAAUACCCAAAAAAAAACAACAAUAAACCAUGCAUUACACUCAGAGAUAAAGUCCAGCAACUUUUAAGUACGAUCCAAAAUUUCUUAAACUUGUUUCAAGUUUUCUUAAACUGUAAGUACGACCUUUUUAUUUAUUUACUUUAAUUGAAAAUAGUUUAAUUAAGGAUUUCGUACUUCCUUCGGGCAGGUCAGUUAAUUUAAUUUAAUUUAAUUUAAGUUUAUGCAAAUUCUUUUAAGGCUUUUUAACUUCUUCUUUUUUUUUAACAAUUUCUUUAAGCAUUAAAAUCCAACAGAAGAAAGAAAUGUUCGGUAGGUAAACUUACAGAUUCUUUGAAGAAUGUUUGACUUGAGUACAGAAUUUUUCUCUGAGUGUACUGCCUGUGUGGCCAAAGUAGUAUAAGCCUUGAGCUAUCAAGAGAGUCUCUCAUCUGGCUUUUGUGCAAGUGUUAGAUAUAUUUAUAUCAGAUUUUGAUUUCUACAGAAGUUAAUUUAAACAAGGCUCACUCCACACGCAAAUUUUCUAGUAUUACCUAUUAUUGAAAGCCCAGUUCUAAGAUGUGUAAAACAAUUAUAUAUAAAGACGAAUAUAUAUG